CGAUAGCAAUUCUCAUAAUCUAAUUCAAGCAUUCUAUCGGACACUUUGUCAACUCAGUCUCACGUUUUCAUUGGUAACCCAGCAAGGCAACAACCAUGUCGCUCAUCCCAAGCUGGUUCGGCGGCCGUCGCAGCAACGUUUUCGACCCUUUCUCCCUCGACCUCUGGGACCCCUUCAAGGACUUCCCUUUCCCUUCCUCCUCCCUCUCUGCCUCUAAUUUCCCUCGAACGUUCCGGGAGAACGCCGCCUUCGUGAACACGAGGAUCGACUGGAAGGAGACCCCGGAAGCCCAUGUGUUCAAGACGGAUCUCCCCGGGCUCAAGAAGGAGGAAGUCAAGGUGGAGAUUGAAGACGACCGGGUGCUCCAGAUAAGUGGCGAGAGGAACGUGGAGAAGGAGGACAAGAACGACAGGUGGCACCGGGUGGAGAGGAGCAGCGGCAAGUUCAUGAGGAGGUUCAGGCUGCCGGAGAACACGAGGAUGGAUCAGGUGAAGGCAUCGAUGGAGAACGGGGUGCUCACCGUGACUGUUCCCAAGGUGGAGGAGAAGAAGCCUGAGGUCAAGGCCAUUGAGAUCUCUGGUUGAGAGAUGGUGAAUCUGCGGUUGGCGCGACGACUUGUGUAUACAUGUACGCAGAGUGAGUGUCUGCGUGUGCUGUCUGCUGUCUGCUGUGUGGCUUUCGCAUGUCCUGAGUUGAGUUGGCCUGAGUUGGGAGUCUCGGUCCUCGUCUCUGAUAUGGCGGUGUAAUAGGUUGGAAAUAUGGCGAUGUAACAUAACUAUAGUAACUUCUGUUUUAUGUGAUAUCGGUUCCUCAAAAUCUUUCGGUUUUCUCGCCUUUCGCUUCCCCAUUCAGCACCGAAUUACGGCCUUGUCCCAAGGGACUUAAUUUAGUUCUUUUUUGGGAUGGUUAAUUCAUUCUCUUGGAAGGAUUCCUGUGAA